AUGUCGUCGCCUUCUCCAUCUCUCCGCAAGAGAGGUGGCAAGAAGGAGACACUCGUGGCAGAGCCAUCAGACAAUGUCACGCUGCGUCCUGCAGUCGUGGCUGCACGCAAUCAGUCCGAGUGGGAUUAUUGGCUGGCCAUGAUCGUCCUCACGGUUCUGGCAUUUGCAACUCGAUUCUAUCGAAUUGACUACCCCAACGAGGUCGUCUUUGACGAAGUUCACUUUGGCAAGUUCGCCUCCUACUACCUUCAGCGCAUGUACUUCUUCGAUGUGCACCCUCCUUUCGGCAAGCUCCUCUUCGCUUUCAUGGGCUGGUUGAUCGGGUACGAUGGCCAUUUCUUCUUCGAAAACAUUGGUGACUCGUACAUCGACAACAAAGUACCAUAUCUUGCUUUGCGCGCAAUGCCCGCGACUCUGGGUGCGCUUACUAUCCCUGUGGUCUUCUUGACUAUGUGGGAGUCCGGAUACUCUCUCCCAGCUUGUGUCUUGGCCGCUGGCUUGAUGGUGUUCGACAAUGCGCACAUUGGUGAGGACCGCUUGAUUCUCUUGGACUCCACUUUGGUCUUGUCCAUGGCUCUCAGCAUCCUGUGCUAUGUCCGCUUCUACAAGCUGCGCCACCAACCGUUCAGCCGCAAGUGGUGGAAGUGGUUGCUUCUGACUGGUUUCUGCAUGAGCUGUGUUAUUUCAACCAAGUACGUCGGUGUGUUUACUUUCGUGACCGUCGGCGCUGCUGUCAUGAUUGAUCUGUGGAACCUGCUGGACAUCAACCGUCGCCAGGGUGCUUUGGACAUGUAUACCUGGAUCAAGCACUUUGCCGCUCGUCUGGUAGCGCUCAUCGUCAUUCCCUUCUUCUUCUACCUCUUCUGGUUCCAAGUCCACUUUGCGGUUCUCAGCCGUUCUGGACCUGGUGACGAGUUCAUGUCCCCUGAAUUCCAGGAGACUCUCAGUGACAAUGCCAUGACCGCGCAAUCUGUUGGAGUGCAGUAUUAUGAUGCUAUCACUCUGCGUCACAAGGAUACCAAGACCCUCCUUCACAGUCACUGGGAGAAGUAUCCCUUGCGCUAUGAUGAUGGCCGUAUCUCAAGCCAGGGUCAGCAGGUCACCGGUUACCCUCACAAUGAUACCAACAACUUCUGGCAGAUCCUUCCCACUCGACCUCUUGAAGAUGGUGAUGAGGGCAAGAGUGUGCGUAACGGCGACAUUAUCCAGCUAUUCCACGUUGGCACAAACAGCUACCUCUUGACUCAUGAUGUCGCUUCACCACACUUCCCCACCAACCAGGAAUUCACAACGGUGACCCCCGAUCUUGCCGAGGGCGAGCGCCACAACGACACUUUGUUCGAGCUCAAGAUUGAGAAUGGCAAGCCCGCUCAGGAGUUCCGCACCUUUGCCAGCUUGGUCAAGUUGAUCCACGUGCCCACCCGCGUUGCCAUGUGGACUCACACCACCCCCUUGCCCGAAUGGGGCUUCAAGCAGGCUGAGAUCAACGGCAACAAGAACAUCCUCGCAUCCAGCAACCUGUGGUUUGCGGAGACUAUUGAUGGCCUUGCUGAGGACAGCCCUCGCCGCAUUCGCGAAGAGCGCAAGCCCAAGUCUCUUUCAUUCCUGCGCAAGUACUUUGAGCUCCAGGGUGCCAUGUUCCACCACAACAAUGCCUUGACGAGCAGCCAUCCUUACGCCACUGAGCCCUUCCAAUGGCCAUUCUUGCUGCGCGGUGUUAGCUUCUGGACCAAGAACGAGACCCGUGGUCAGAUCUACUUCCUGGGCAACCCGAUUGGAUGGUGGAUUGCCAGCAGUCUGUUGGCCGUCUUUGCUGGUAUUGUUGGUGCAGAUCAGCUGUCUCUCCGCCGUGGCGUAGACGCGUUGGAAGAGAUUUGGGGACCUGGUGCCCGCUCGCGUCUGUACAACAGCACCGGUUUCCUCUUCCUGUGCUGGGCCGCUCACUACUUCCCCUUCUGGCUCAUGGGCCGUCAAAGAUUCCUGCACCACUAUCUGCCGUCUCACUUGGCGUCUACGAUGGUGACUGGAGCGUUGAUUGAGUUCAUCUUCAACUUUGAGCCCCUGGACCCGGCCACCGCCGAAGCACCCGAGGAUGAUCCUUCUGGCAAGGCCAAGGCCAACCGCAGCCUGGGUCGCUUCAUCACUGCCAAGGAGCGCAUGGGUCCUAAGUCAGUCAUUGCCGCUUGGGUUGCGACCAGCGUGAUCCUCGCCGCCACCAUCUACGGAUUUGUCUUCUUUGCUCCUUUAACCUACGGCUUGCCUGGGCUCGACGUCGAGGGUGUCAAUGCCCGCAAGUGGUUGAACUACGACCUCCACUUUGCCAAAUAA